GCAGUGGUUCUGUACAUGAAGGCGCUGAUCGGCACCUUCCUGGCCGCGGGGCUGGCGUGUGGCGGCUGCGUGGUGACGUGGCAGAAGCCGAGGCACUGUUGCCCGAGCAGCCGCGGCGAGGACGGUGGCGCGCCGAAGCUGGGCCUGAAGGCGCGCCGCCCGCCUGGUGCCGCCGCGCGGCCGCCACCCGUCGACGGCGCGGACGGCGAGGCAGGCUCCUCCAAGGCUUCCACGCCGCAGAUGCCUCUGAAGAAUGCCCAGGUCGGUCUCGCGGACUGGGCCCGGCUGGUCGCAGCCGCUGCGGCAGAGGAGGAGGUGCUGGGCUUCGGCGCCGGCGCGGGCGAGAGGGAGGCUCGUCGGCCGAAGCCGGUGCCAGAGCAGCUCGACGCUCAGAAGGAAGCCGUGCCACCGCCACCGCUGACGGAGCCCCGGCGGCCUCCGCAGCUGCCGCAGCGCGUGCGUAGUGUGGCGCCCCCAGAGCGCCUCCAGGAGCCCUCGCCCUCGCCGAGGCCGGCCCACUGCCGGCCCGAGAGGCCUGCGCCCGCGCCUGCGCCCACGCUGCCCCGGUGCCGUUCGCCGGCCACGCCCCCGCCGAGCGCGGCCCCGCCGGACCGCGCGGUGGUGGCGACACCGCCAGUGCAGGCGGCGGCCGCACCGCCGCCUCCGCUCGGCGAGCCGAAGGAGGUCGUGGCCGGCGGGUGCGAGUUCUAUGACCUCCCGAGCGGCGGCCGCCGCGUCUCCGCAGAGGGUGGUGCCUCCGACGAUCCCCGCCUCGAGGCGGCGGAGCAGAGGUGGUGGGGCGUGCGGGACGGCGGCGACGCCCUGAGCCAGUAG